AUGCCUCCAUGUUUAGCUCAUGAUCUUUUCGAAGGAAUUGUACAAUACGAUUUAUAUUUAGCCUUGGCAUACUUUGAAAAAGUAUAUAAGCUAAAAAAAGAAAUCAUAAACCGCAAAAUAGAUAAUUUUGCAUUUUUAUUAAUUGAAAAAUUAGAUAAACCAUCAAGAGUUCCUAUUAAAGGCUAUAAUAUAGGCGGACAUGCUGUUCAAAAUUGGGUAUUUUUAAGGUUUAUUCCCUUAAUUAUUGGUGAUAAGAUCAAUAGAAAAGAUGAUGUCUGGAAAAUGAUAACAAUACUUAUUCAAGUUGUAGGGAUAAUAUGUUCUCCAUCAAUAUGUAAUGAGCUAUUAUUUCAUUUAGACAGUCUAAUAAAGAAAUACCUUAGUAUUAGAGUAAAAUGUUUUGAAGUUACUCUUCGUCCAAAACAUCAUUACUUGGAACACUAUCCACAACUUAUACAAGUUUUUGGGCCACUUAUAUGCGUUAACACGUUGUCAUUUGAACACAAACAUGUGUUUUAUAAAAAUUUUGUUCGGACAUCAAGAAAUUUUAAGAAUGUGACCAAAUCCAUCAGUACAAAGCAUCAAUACUACCAAAGUGCAUUGACAAAAAACGAAAUGUUUUACAACAGUCCGGUCAUACAGUCUGCUAAUACUCUCGAGGAAUUUACUUAUGACAAUAAUAUAAUGAAAUGCCUCGUAUCUAUAUUUUCUGUUGAUGAGUUAAAUUCGUUGCAUUUUGGAACAGAAGUUAUUUACCGUGGAACUCAAUAUUGUGAAGAUCAAUGCAUUGUUAUUGGCUCUAAGACAAAUUUAGAUAUUUGCAAACUUAAACUUUUUUGCAUUAAAAGUAAAAAAGUUUAUGCAAUAGGGAUUCAAUGUGAUGGCAUCAUUGACGAUGAUUUUCAAAUAUAUGUAUUAAGUGUCAGUGAUAACUAUAUUAUUAUUAUUACACUUUCAAAUCUAAAUGAUUACACAUCAUAUUCAAUAAACACACAUAAAGAUCGUCCUGUAAUAGUAUUAAAACAUAUAAUCAAUUUAUAA